GUUAAAACUUCCGGAAGUAAACACCUGAAGCGUGUCCUUGCACACAAGGAUGUUCAUGUAAUACAGUAACUUAAGUCCUGAACCGCAACGUAUGUUUGGCGCUUAAACAUGCCGACCUCCCCCGUGAAGACUCGUAUUCCGCUGACAAGCUUCGGUCAUCUCAUAACCGAGGUCAAGAGACAGCUCUUUAAAAUUGAUGCACCACCCCAAACUGAACUGACAGGAUGGAGAACAUAUUUCAACAGCUACACAUUAAAAGGACGGAGAAAUUUUGUUCUAGCCACAUAUGGAGUUCUUGCACUUGCAGCUGGUAUCUACACACUGAGGCGACACAAGAAGGAGGAACAUGAAACAACAAUUGCAGCCACAUGAACAACAAUGGAAAGUUUGGGGAUUUGGUGGGUUAAAAAGUACAAUAAAUUAUUUAUGAUUGCCAAAUGA